GGGGGCCCCGCUCGGAGGGAAGGACACUCUGCAUCCAAUCACUGAAGCAGGAUACUUCCUGGAAGACUGGGGGCUGGCUCCUUGGGCCUAGCAGAUGCUGUGAAAGACUGACCUUUCGGGCUGAGGAAUCACGUCCACGUUUCGCUCCACAUCGACCCGUCUUCCAGGGGACAGGGAAGGGAAAUGGCUGUGAUGGAGCCAGCUCAGAUGCCGGUGACCUUCGAGGAGGUGGCUGUGUAUUUCACAGAGGGGCAGGGGGCUCUGCUAGACCCUGCUCAGAGAGCCCUCUACAGGGACGUCAUGCAGGAGAUCUAUGAGACGGUGACCUCACUGGGAUUUCCCGUUCCCAAACCUGACCUGAUCACCCAGCUGGAAAGAGGGGAAGAGCCGUGGGUCCCAGAUCUCCAGGCCGACGAGGAAAGGGAGAGCCCGAGAGGCACCCACACAGCAGGUGAUAGGACAGUGAGUGAGAACAAGGAGGAGAUUCAGCAGCAGGAAGGUCCUGGGAAAGUGGAACCGCAGGAGACAUUUUUGAGAAAAGCUGAAGGGAAUUUCUCCAAGUGCUUGGAACAGGGAGAAGCCUGGGGAGAUCGACACAGAUCAGAGAUGCAGCUAGGAAACAAACUGGAUGAAUCCAUUCAACAUGGUGGAGGAUGCAAAGAUCCCAAGGAAACCACAGUCCAGCAGACAAGUCACAAUGAAGAGAGACCCUACAAAUGCCUUGACUGUGGGAAAAGAUUCCGUUUCAGUGGAAACCUUCUUACACAUUGGAGAACCCUCACAGGAGAGAAGUCCUAUGAAUGCUUGGACUGUGGGAAAAGCUUCAGUGAGAAGUCAUUUCUCAUUAUACAGCAGAGACUGCACACGGGAGAGAAACCCUAUAAAUGCCUUGAGUGUGCAAAAGUUUUCAGUGUGUUAUCGGCCCUUAUUAGACAUGAGAGGACCCACACGGGGGAGAAACCCUAUAAAUGCAUGGACUGUGGGAAAACUUUCGGUCAGAGCUCAGACCUUAUUAAACAUAGGAGAAUCCACACUGGAGAGAGACCUUAUAAAUGCCUUGAGUGUGGGAAAAAUUUCAUUCGCCGUUCACACCUUAUUAAGCAUCAGAGAGUCCACACAGGCGACAAACCAUAUAAAUGCCUCAACUGUGGGAAAAAUUUUGUUGACAGAACAAAACUUACUCGACAUCAGGCAAUUCACACAGGAGAGAGACCCCAUAAAUGCUUGGACUGUGGGAAAAGCUUCAUUCAGAAGUCACAAUUUAUUAUACACCAGAGAGUGCACACAGGAGAGAGACCCUUUAUAUGCCUUGAAUGUGGGAAAAGUUUUAUUCAGAAUUCACAGCUUAUUACACAUCAACGAACCCACACAGGAGAGAGACCUUAUAAAUGCCUUGAGUGUGGGAAAAGUUUUAUUCAAAGUUCAUCUCUUAUUCAACAUAGGAGAAUCCACAAAGGAGAGAGACCUUAUAAAUGCCUUGAGUGUGGGAAAAGAUUCAUGGAACGUUCAUCCCUUAUUAAACAUAGGAGAAUCCACACAGGAGAAAGACCCUAUAAAUGCCUUGAGUGUGGGAAAAGUUUUAUGGAAAGUUCAUCCCUUAAUAAACAUAAGAGAAUCCACACAGGAGAAAGACCAUGUAAAUGCCUUGAGUGUGGGAAAGAUUUCAUUCGUCGCUCACACCUUAUUAAGCAUCAGAGAACACACAGAGGUGACAAACCUUAUAAAUGCCUCGAUUGUGGGAAAAGUUUAGUUGACAAAACAAACCUUACUAGACAUCAGGCAAUCCACACAGGAGAGAGACCCCAUAAAUGCUUGGACUGUGGGAAAAGCUUCAUUCAGAAGUCACAACUUAUUCUACACCAGAGAGUGCACACAGGAGAGAGACCAUUUAAAUGCCUUGAAUGUGGGAAAAGUUUUAGUGAGAGCUCAAAGCUUACUAGACAUCAGAGAACCCACACAAGAGAGAGAACCUAUGGAUGCCUUGAGUGUGGGAAAAGAUUUAUGCAAAGUUCAUCACUUAUUAAACAUGGACGAAUCCACACGGGAGAAAGACCCUAUAAAUGCCUCGACUGUGGGAAAGGUUUUAUCGCAAGUUCAGCCCUUACUAAACAUAGGAGAAUCCACACGGGAGAAAAACCCUAUAAAUGCCUUGAGUGUGGGAAAACUUUCAGUCAGCGCUCCCAUCUUACUCAACAUGGGAGAACGCACACAGGAGAGAGACCCUACAAAUGCCCUGAGUGUGGGAAAAGUUUCAGUUUCAAAUCAGGCCUUAAUAUGCAUCAGAAAACCCACACAGGAGAGAAAUCCCAUAAAUGCUUGGACUGUGGGAAAACUUUCAGUCAGCGCUCAUACCUUACUAAACACAGGAGAAUCCACACAGGAGAGACACCUUCUAAAUGCCUUGACUGUGGAAAAAGCUUCAGUAAGAGGUCAGAGCUGACCAAACAUCAGAGAAGCCACAAGGCUGAGAGACCCUAGGUAUACCUUGACUGCAGGAAAAAGAUUCAAUUUGACUUCACGCUUCAGUGACCCACACAACAGAGAGACCUGGAAUGUGGGGGAAGGUUCAUUUGGUGCUCCCGGAGUAUCAGGCAUCCACAAAUCCACACAGGGAAGAAACCUCUGAGAUGUUCUCAGUGUGGAAAAUGCUCCAAGUGGAGCUAACACCAUGUUGGACAUCAGAGAUACCUCCACACAGUCAGGAAAUUAUCUCAUGGCCCUGACUGGGGCCGACCAUGGUGACAAACCCAUUUCCUCAUUCCCACACAUCAGGGGCAUUUGGCUCCCAAGGAUCCAGCUGCCCAUUGCUGGGGUGAGGAUCCAACAGCAGCCGAACAUCAGCUGGUCAGUGACCCUCUGGCUCUGGCUGGUCUAAGCAAACCCCAGGCAGAGGUGGAGAAGCCCCCAUCAGUCCCUCCUCCCUGCUGCAGCCCUGGCUGCUGAGCUGAUGGGCCACAGGUGGGGGAAGGGAGAGAGAGAAACUCCUCCAGAUGCUCCCUCUGCCUGGCUGAAGUUCCCCGUCUCCAUGGAUGGUGGGUGAACGUGCCCUUGGGGGGAGGCUAGCCCCUGGCCCCUCACCCUCUGCCUGAGGCCCUAUCCCUUCUGCUCCAGCAGGCCAGAGGGGGCCUGGUGGAGUGUGGGCAGGGCCACGCUAAAGUGUUUCAGGAGGCGUGGUUUCCCGCAGCCUACUAUACCCGCCGCCCAUGCCCCUCUCUGUUCCCUUCCCAGCCGGGAUCCCCCUGCCAUGGAGAUGAGGAGAAGGACACUUGAGCCAGGCCCCACCUUCACUCUAGAUACCUGUGUCCACCCCCCAACUUCCACCAGCCCCUGGGCUGGGCUCCCCCACUUACCUGGAGCUGUUCUCUGCAGCGGGAGUGUCCAUAGGGGCUGGUAACACCUCCCCUCUCCGAAUCCCCCAGGCCGCUGGACUCUGGGGGAUCAACCGUUAAGGGACCAGGGGAUGGGAGAGCACAGGGGUAGAGAGGUGCUGCCUCUCCUCACUCUACCCCUCUGCCCCGUCUCCCUGCCCCCUCUGCAUUCAGACAGUACCAUUAGGAGAAACUCCCACAGGCUCUUUUGUUGGAAGUCUGGAUUUGCCACCUCUGCUACAGCACCAUCAGCCUCUGAGAGGGAAGCAGCGUUGCCUAGUGGAUAGAGCACUAGCCUGGGACUCAGCAGACCUAAGCUCUUUUCCCAACUCUGCCAGCAGCUUGCUCGGUGACCUCAGAGAAAUCUGUGCCUUCCAGAGAGGGAAUAAAUGGGGAGGGAUGAUAUCAGCCUCCAAGUGUCUGUCUAGGGCAGGAAAAGUGGUUGGGAUUAGCUAGUGCGUCUCCUUUGUUCCUCCUCCCCUUUUUCUUGUCGAGAUUGACCCUGAGCAGUUUAUUCCAAUCCCCCAUUAGCAAAGUGAUUGUUUGAGUAAAAGUACCCCCUUUGCAGUGAGAUUGUCUCAUUCCCAGACAUCCUCACACUGCUCCAGGUUCUGCUGAAAAGCAUUUAAUUUUUUGUGCUGUUUCUCCCUUAUACACCAGCAUUCAAUAGAUUCUAAAAAAGCGGGAGCAGGGAUAGUAAAAUAAUGUGGUGUUUUAACUUGUGUUAUUUGAGGGGAUGGGGUGGGUCCGGGGGAUUCCCUCCUGCCCCCAUCAACCUCACACGUCUUCUCUCACAGAGCAACCUCUGCCCAAGUCAUGGAGAGCUUAUCCUUUUCCCAUUCUACCCCUCCACCUUCAUGUGUGUCAUUUACCACAGUGUCCUUUUCCCACCAUGUUUAGGAAUCAGGCUUUGAUUUCUUUGAUCCUCAAUCAGGCCCCUGGGUGCUGGAGAAGAAAAUGUCACAUUCCUGAAGGGGGAAUUCAAAUGAACCCCAAAGCACAGUUUGAGCUUCAAGCCCAGCCUCCAUCUAUUGGUAAAGUGGCAUCUGGAGUUUUUCCAGCCUAAUCCAGAUGAUUUGUACACAGAAGUUUUUGGUUAGGUUUGUCUUUUUUCCUCUUUCUUUUAUGAUGAUGAUGCUAAAACUUUUGUCAAUAACCCAGGCAAAUAAUGCGGCCGUGCUGAGUAAAUCAGCUUUCGCCUGUUCAGAAGGAAAUGGGAAAGUGGUUUGUAGCUCACCCUGGAGCGUGGGUUUUUCUCUUUUUGGUGAAGGCUGUUCUGUCAUGUAUUUUGAUAUUAAAUUAGUUUGACGGGAUAUAGCUCAGUUUUCUUGGGGACUUCAAAAGACUAAUGAUAAUUGCCAAAAUAGUCCUUACUGAUUUUCCUUUGACAUCAGAUUUGCUUCUUCUCUGAACAAUGAAAAUGACCAGUACCUGUCAGCAAAACAAUGAGGACUACAAAUGAAGCCCCAAGAGGACUGAUGUGGAGAGGGGUCAGCGUCUUCCCCAUUCCUGAGAGGAGGAGGCUAGGCAAAUGCCUCUCUCGUGGAUUGUUAGUGCUUUUCUACCAGCUUUAACUUGUUCCUCUUUCCCUGGGGUGCGUGCGUGGCUGGAGCAGCAAUGUACUGAGCUAGGGCUGAAAUGCACCGUGCCUGGCUGGGCCUUGCAUGUGGGGGGUGAAGGGAAAUUGAGCUUUUAUUUCUUGGUUUGCAAAGAAUAAAGUCGAAUUUAGUUUCUCAAA